AUGCUUCUAGCCGAGGCUAUCCGGUACAACCUAAGGGUAGGCGCCAGGGACCAGGACUCCCGGGUCCAAUGGGAAGAGCCGACAGGCUACUGCCAGCGGUACCGAAAUGCAACACAGUUAGUGAAGCUUGUUAACAACAAGUGCUGCUGGACUGUCCAUGCCUGUGUCGACCUCGGCUUUUCCGUCCGAAUUUCGUUCAUCCGGGAUUAUUACCUCAACUCCACGGAAGACGUGAACGAUUUCCUGAUGGAUAGGAGCUUCAAGGAGACUUGGAUGGAUGAGAUUGUACCGAUGAAUGUGUCGAUAGUGGUUUUGAACCGAGGAGCACAUUACCGUCACAACCUCAGGUUUGAGCGCCAGUUGCGGCCUACUCUGCUGGCCCUCCGGAACGCCAAUCCUGAGAUGCUCAUGAUCGUCCGAAACACCCCGCCCGGGCAUCUCAACUGCUCUCUGCACGAGAAGCCGCUUUUUGAGAAGCUUCUAGACCUUCCGGACGGCAAAUGCUGGCACUGGAACAAGUUUGCGGAGCAGAACAUGAUUGUGAAGAAACUGACGGAGGGCGUGGGAGGGGUGUACAUGGAUGUGAAUGCGUCGGCGGUGUGGCGGCCUGAUGGGCAUGUGGAUCGAAAGGACUGCCUGCACUACUGCCACCCCGGUCCGGUGGAUACGUGGGUGCAGCUCCUGUUUAACAUGCUGCAGGGGCUGCUGGUUCCCACUGGCUGA